AGUAGAUUAGGAUGAAUGGAUUGCGAUGGUGAAAAUGGAAGAUAUAAAAAAGAAAGAAGAGAGUAUUUUUGUAUGGAAGAGAGAAAGAGAGGAGAAAGUGAAAGGUAAAAGAAAUUGGUAAUUUUGGAGGGCAGUUGAUAAAUGAAUUUUGAAGAAUUCAUUAAAAAGAAUGAAUUUUGAAGAAUAGAAGCCAGGAUAGAGGGAGGCGGAGAAAUCCAUGGUAGUUGAUAUGGGAACACACGCUCCUUAUUGUUGUUCUCUUGACACUUCUUAUAUGAUCUCCAUUAACUCAAUUUGCAUUUUAUAUCUUCAACUUUUCCGACGAACAGAACGGCAAUGGUUCAUCAAUGCUGUCUCCCCACAAUUCCAGCAUCUUCUCCUACCUUUAGCCAUGGUUGCAUUGAUAAUAAAACUUUCUGGAAUCCGUCAACUUCAUUAUCUUGUUUUCGACCCAGAUCCACACGUAGAAGAGUAGCAAUCAGCUGUGAAUUCACUGAGGAGAAGACGCCGAAAUCGCAGCCAUACCCUGGCGGAAUGGGUCCUUACACUGGAAGAGAUCCCAACCAGAAGAAGCCGGAAUGGCUGAGGCAGAAGGCUCCACAGGGGAAGAAGUACCUUGAGGUGAAGGAGACACUAUCCGGGCUCAAGCUACAUACUGUGUGCGAGGAAGCGCAGUGUCCCAACAUCGGCGAGUGCUGGAAUGGAGGCGGAGACGGCAUUUCCACUGCCACAAUCAUGCUCCUCGGAGACACCUGCACCCGCGGUUGCAGAUUCUGCGCUGUAAAGACCAGCCGCAAUCCAGCUCCUCCAGAUCCCCUGGAGCCUUUUCACACUGCACAAGCUGUUGCCAGCUGGGGUGUGGACUAUAUUGUAUUGACCAGCGUAGAUCGAGAUGAUUUACCUGACGGUGGAAGUGGCCACUUUGCUGAAACUGUAAGGACCUUGAAGAUAUUUAAGCCCACAAUUAUGGUUGAGUGCUUAACAUCUGAUUUUCGAGGGGACUUAGAUGCUGUAGCAACUCUAGUUAACUCUGGUUUGGAUGUCUUUGCGCACAACAUUGAGACUGUGAAACGACUUCAACGUAUAGUUAGAGAUCCUAGAGCUGGGUAUGAGCAGAGCUUGUCUGUCCUUAAACAUGCAAAGCUGUCCAAGGAUGGAAUGGUAACCAAAACUUCGAUCAUGCUGGGGCUGGGUGAAACUGAUAAUGAGAUAAAGGAAGCCAUGGCUGAUUUACGGGCCAUAGAUGUUGACAUUUUGACAUUUGGGCAGUAUUUGCAGCCAACUCCAUUACACCUCACUGUAAAAGAGUUUGUAACUCCUGAGAAGUUCGCAUUCUGGAAAGACUAUGGGGAGUCUAUUGGGUUCAGAUAUGUUGCCAGUGGGCCCCUGGUACGGUCUUCCUAUCGCGCGGGAGAACUUUAUGUCCAGAAUCUGGUGAAAGAACGAACAAAACAUACUUCGGCAGUGUGAAAGUAGGUUUACGGAACAUACAAAGGUUUAUAUUGAAGAUUGAUUUCAUUCUUUGAGAUUUUCGUAUUCUUAGUUGCCUGCGAUCAAUUGACUUAAUGAGAUGAAGUUAAGGCUUGUACAACUUAUAAGUUAUAACUCAUGAAAUCAUAGAUUAUACUUUUAAAUUUGUUUGUUAAUUUAGCUAAAUGUAUAUCAUACUUGUUUGUAAUACAUGACAUCUUUUGGAUUAAAUUAAACAAACUUCUGAAACCAAAAUCUUUACUGGACACUUGGACAGGGUAUUUUUUAAUAAUAUAUCUUCCGG